UGCUGCUUCUGCAGAUGGAGAGCUGUGCUCUGAUUGGCUCGCUGAGUCAGUGAGAACCAUUCAGAGCUAGCAGUGGGCCCUGUUGCCUAGCAGCAGCCCAGGGAGGGGAGAGAGUGAGGGGACUGAGCUGGCUCAUGUCUGACAGCCUCCAACGCACCUAGGAAGUUUCCUUGAUACAGACACAGCAGCCCAGGGGAGGCAUAGCAAAAACAAUCCACCAGUGUCCGUCUAUCAGCCGGUGACACAUCCUGCUGCAGGGAGACGUCACCUGAAGACCAGCCAUGGAGGUCCAGGUCCUGGAACAUAUCCGGCACUCGCUACUGAGUGACAGAAACAAAGACGUGAUCAUAGACAAGCUGCUGAGUCUCACCAUGGAGAUUAUCUGUCUGCUGACUAGAGAGGAUUUCAUUGUUGUGAGAAAGUCGGGUGACCAGGUGACAGACAUCAGCGGCCCCCCUGUGUCAGACAGAAGCAGCGGCACCCAGAGUCCAAACACGGAGGCCUCGCCUCAUGCGCCAACAGGGGAGAGGAACCGUGACCGGAAUAUCCAGCCACCUACUGAGGUAUAUCACAGAGAGACAGGAAAGGUGCCUGGGAAGUGUAAGGAUGUGGAGGUCUCGUUCUCUGUGACAGAGUGGGACUGUUCAGGCGGACACAAUGACGUUGUAAUGGACCCUCCGCAGCUGCGUGACUCAGUGGGUGAGUGUAGCUCUAGAAGCCCACCAGGACGAUGUGAGACCCCUCUGUACUCUGGGGAUUAUAUAAAGGAAGAGAACCGGAUUGUCAUAGAGGAUUAUCAGGAUGAGCCGGGACACGGGGUGUAUCACCCGCAGUGUAAGGGAGAGGAGCCCGUCCCUGAUCCCACCAGCUCAGGUGGGUGCAGCUCUAGAAAUCCCGCAGACCCCUGUGAGACCCCUCUGUACUCUCCGGGCUGUAUAGAGGAAGAGAACAGGACUGUGACACAGGAAUAUCAGGAUGAACCGGGACACGUGAUUUAUCACCGGCAGUGUAAGGAAGAGGCCGUUCCUGCUGAGAUCAGCCCAGGUGGGUGUAACCCUACACACCCCGCAGACCCAUGUGACACCCCUCUCUAUACUCCGGGGUGUAUGGGAGAAGAGAACAGGAUGAUCAGCCAGGAUUAUCAGGCUGUGCCAGGAGACGGGAUGUGUUACCAGCAAUGUAAAGAAGAGGACGUUCCUGCUGAGAUCAGAUCAGGAACUGAGGCCGGUGUAGAGCUGGAUGCUGGUGAUCAUCGGGGGCUGCAGGAAUUCCUCCCAGAGUCCAGUGCAGGUCCGCACGCCUCCUCACACUACCCUGAGAAGACACAUCAGUGCUCGGAGUGUCAGCAAUGUUUCCCUAAUCAUUCAGCCCUCGUCACCCAUCAGCAAACGCAUAGCACCAGUAAUCUGUAUAGAUGCUCAGUAUGUGGAAUGUGUUUCAGCUCCAAAUUGGUUCUUACCGCCCACCAGCGAUGUCACACCGAGGACAGAUUGUCCCAUUGUUACAGUGGGAAAUCCUUGCAACAGAGGUCACAUAAGAGGACUCACACCGGGGAGAGGCCAUUUUCAUGCCCGGAGUGCGGGAGAUGUUUUACCAGCAGGUCUGGCCUUACUGCGCACCAGUGGAUUCACUCUGGUGAGAAGCCGUUUAAGUGCACGGAGUGUAGCAAAUGCUUUGCCUGGAAAUCCAACCUUGUCACACAUCAGCGCACUCACACCGGGGAGAAGAUAUUUUCCUGUCUGGAGUGCGGGAGAUAUUUUACCAGCAGGUCUGCCCUAACUGUGCACCAACAGACUCACUCUGGCGAGAAGCCCUUUAAAUGCUCUGAAUGUGGCAAAUGUUUUUCCCUGAAAGUCACCCUUACCACACAUAAACGUAUUCACACCGGGGAGAAGCCGUUUCAGUGCACAGAAUGCAGCAAGUGCUUUGCACAGAAAGCCGAUUUUAUCAAGCAUCAGCGCACUCACACCGGGGAGAGGCCGUUUGUGUGUGCCCGGUGCGGCCGCUGCUUUUCUAAUGGCUCAAACCUUAGUCGACAUCAGAGGGUUCAUACUGUUCUAACUGAAUAAACUGCCCGUCACAAGCAUAACAUGGUUUGUUUUAAUAAACUGGCGGAAAAAGGGGACAGCUUUUGGCACCAUUUUAAGGCGCAGGGCUACAAUUUUGUUCCUCAAUCCUGUGCACAGAAGGUGCUGUGUCCACAUUAUGGAUCCAUCUAGAAAUGCGCUUAGUAGAUACAGUGAAAACAUCAGUUGAUUUUUUGUUUUUGUUUUGUGUUAUAUUGGGUAUGAGAGUGACGGGACAAUUCAGUGACUUUUGUGUAUGAAUGUAGUGAUCACUUGGUCUGCACCUACUUCCACCCACCUACCGUCCCAUUUUUCAGCAGUUCCCACCCCCACUCUGUAAGGGUUUAAUUAGAUGCUUGCAAAUCAAAUAUAAGAAAUAUAUGUGUGUUUUGAACCUUAAGCAGUUUAUAGUUAUAGCAGAUAUUAGGCAGAUGAGUUCUCUAAAAAACAGACGUGUCUCUACGCCAACAAGUCCCAGUAAUUAGAAGUGGAAUAUUUCAGCCGUCCAACCAUGAGGGAACACUGAUAACAACUACAGGAUACAACUCCCUGGACUAAGAGACUCAUGAGAACUUGCUGAAAUGCAGAAAUUUGUAAUGUUGCUAAAAUGUUCUGUAUUGUUCUUUAGAAAUUUGUAGUUAUUACCAAACCCCUUUGUGACGUAUUCUUUAUGUGAAACUUUGCCAUAACUAGAAAGUAAACGAGCACAGCCCAGAAUCAGCCUUGACAUAGAUACUGCGUUUG